AUGCGCGUGCAGGUCUACAUUCCCGGCACAGUGGAGAGUUACUGCAUCGACGAGCGCGGCGACAAGCGAGUGGCCACCGACGAACUGUGGUUAGAGACCUACCUGUGCAGUGUGCUGCGCGCAUAUUCCUAUGCCGACGAUGGCUCAGGCGACACUAUCAAGAAGAUUGUUGGUGUGCGAAGAUUCAACCCCAUCACAAGUACCGAGAGCGAACACAAGUUUCUGGAUGCGGCUGAGCGCCUGUUCUUCAACGGUUGGCAACUGGGAUCCGACCCUGAGAUCCAGGUCCCCAAUCUUGUCUCGAAUCACUUGACUACCGGCCUACUUGACUACAUCCACACAACCGGCAGGUAUACCUCAGGUAUCAAUCUCUUUGAAAAACUGCGAACUCGCGACCCGGAGAUCUCGUCACUACUAGCACGAGUAUACAUUGAAGCAGAUGAAGAGGUGCAGGCGGUCCAGCUGUUACACGAGGCGAUCCAGGAACUGCCCAUGGACUACUCCCUCCUCGAUUGUCAAGCCGAAUUUUGCAACAAAAAGGGCCGCGGUGAUCUGGCACUUGAGAUCGCUAAGAGGAGCGUUGUGUCUGCGCCUAGUGAGUUUGGCACAUGGGCGCGCUUAGCGGAAAUAUACGUCAGCCUCGAACAGUGGGAUAUGGCGCUGUUAACUCUAAACUCAUGUCCAAUGUUUACCUACCAGGACAAGGACGCGCCACGCAUGCCAGAGCCGCAGAGAGUCUUCCUGCCAGUCAUGCCCGAAGCCAUGUGCGACGAGAUUGAGGAUUCUAGCAUGGACGAUAUGGAGCUUGUGCACCCAACCCUGAGGAAACUGCACGCUGCAGGAUUCAAGGGUACAUUCCUAAAAGCUUAUAUUCUGCUCACCGAAAUCACAAAGAAAAUUGGAUGGGAUCAAUUACUCAAGAUAAGAAGCCAGGUCUUCGUCAUGGAGGAAGAAUAUCGUCACGAGAAGACCGCACAGGUACCGCAUUCUCGCAGCGCCAGCACAACAGCACUCCGCUCCCCUUCUCCGAACACGCAUGCUCAACAAAUGAAUGGCGAACAUGGCGAGGUUGAGGAGCGAUCCUCCGUAGAUGAAUCAAAUGCGAACGGCGAAUCAUCCUCCGCGGCUGCUGAAGCAGUUCACGACCUCGAGAAGCCCGGUCACACUGUUGCAUCCGAAGUCGUAAAGGCCGGCAGCGAAGAUCCGCACGCACACGAUUCCGCAAACAACGGCAACCCCUCGCAACCAAACUAUACACACUUCCAGAACAAGCGUCUUUGCGAACGCUGGCUUGACAACCUCUUCAUGGUCCUGUAUGAGGAUCUUCGCGUAUAUACGAUAUGGCGAACAGAGAUGGCACAGUACAGGCAGCAGCAACUCCUAUACAAGAAGAGCAGUGAGGAAUGGGAAAUUUUGGGUGAACUCGCUGAGAGACUGCAUCACACAGAAGAGGCCGUCGAAGCAUAUGAGAACUGUCUGCAAAUCAAGUUCUCGCCGAAAGCCAUGAGGGGUGUGUUGAAGUUGGGUGAGGAGAGAAAACAGGUUAGGGAUGUUACAGCCGCGCUGAUCAGAUUGGUCACUUGGCAGUAUCGAUGGUACUCUGAGUUCUCGCCAUCCCUCCUCUACACAAUCCGCAAACUCAUCGAGGAAGAGGGUGCCGUCAAGAUCCGCAGCAUCAUCCAGGGCACCUCCCUACCACAACACGUCCUCGAUCUCACACACCAGUAUGCGGCAUUGUGUGCUGCGUUCAGGAGCAGCGGUAGCGACGGUUAG